UGGCGCUGCGCGUAGUUAUAUUUAAUAUAGGUAGAGCAGGUCAAGAUACUAAGAUUAAAGCUCCUAUCACUAAUAUAAAUAUUUCUAUAAAUAUAGAUAUUUGAGUUAUUUGAAAUAAACCAUUAUAAAUAGAUAUUCCUUCACCUAUUUGAGGUUGACCUAGUACAGUCCCUCCUCCAUGUAAAGUUACCAAAGCAGUUAAAAGUAACCCAAUUACUGAUGUUCUAGUAUAGAAUAUAAAGCUCUUUUUUGUGUAUAAGUUCCUAAAUACUGCGGUUCCUAUUUUUUUCUCAUUUAAAUUUUUAUUUAGUUCCGGUAAGGUUCUAAUGGCUAUAAAGGUUAAAAUUAUGAUUAAUACCAUCCUUUUAGUACUACUUUUGUAAGUUUUUAAAAAGGGCCCGACCCCCUCCUCGCGCUUCGCUCCCGCCGCGCUUCGCGACUGCGGAGGAAGGGCGCGCAUGCAGGAGCUUCGCG